AUGAGAGAAAAUAUUGUUCUUCAGUUUGGAAAAUAUGCAAAUUACUUAGGAACUCAUUUUUGGAAUGCACAAGAAACAUAUUUUACACAAGAUACGCAAGAAUCAUUGAUUGAUUAUCAUGUUAUGUAUAGAUUAAAUUCCAAUAAAUACGGAAAAGAUGUUUUUACUCCUCGUGUUCUUAUUUAUGAUUUAAGGAAUAGUUUUGGGAACCUUGGUAAAUAUAUGGACUUAUAUCAGUUACAGAAUGAAGAUAUAGAUGAAGAAAAUGAAUUAGUUACAGAGGUUUAUCAAGCUCCAAAAUACCCUAUACAUCCUUUUCAAUUUUCAUUAGGAAAUCCACAUUCAAAAGUGUCUUUAUCAUCAGAAACAAUUACUUCAUGGUCUGAUUAUAAUAUGACAAAAUAUCAUCCUCAUUCUUUAAAUCAAUUAUGUCAAUAUGAUCUUUAUGAUGAAACUUUUAAUCCAUUUCAUGCAUUCGAUCAAGGAAAAGAUCUUUUUCGUGAUCUUUCAAAAGAAAAUGAUUUGUUUGAAUCUCACUUUCGACCUUUUCUUGAAGAAUGUGAUAAUAUUCAAGGAUUAACUAUCUUUAGUGAAAUUAGUAAUGGUUGGGGAGGAUUUGCAUGUUCAUUCCUUAAUUCUAUUAGAGAUGAAAUACCUAAAUUAUGUAUAUGGACAUUUUCUAUAGAUACUGGAAUGAAUGAUGAUAUUGAAGCAUUAUUAUCAAUGCAUGAAACAUCUUCAGUACUUUUCGCUUUGAAUAAAAAGCCAGAUUAUACUUCCAAAAAAUUCGAUCCAAGUUCUAUAUGGCACACAUCAGCUUUUCAUUUUUCAGCAAUCGAAUCUCUAUUAAUACCUUGCCAUUCUAUAAUUAACUUCAUGUCUAUGGGGGAUAUAAUUCCUUUAAUAAAUCUUUAUUCUUAUAGAAAAAUGACAUAUUUAAAAAUAAACUCAAAAGACUUUAAAUCUGGAUGGUUAGGUUUAAAGUUAGAAAAUUCAAUUGAAAGUUCUUUGGAAAUAUUUAGAAAUGAGAAAAACCAAAAAGCUAUUUCUAAAAUAAAAAAUUCUUCAAUAUCAACAACAUAUUGUCAUUCUACAGAACUUCCUUCACCAGCAUCUUUUCCCAGCAUUUUUAACUCAUCGGAAUUGUCUUUUCAGGCAUUAACAUCUUCUUUAGAUACCAAGACUUUCUUAUCUCAAAAAAAAAAACAAUAUAUUUACAAAAACAAACAUAAAAUGCAUAAUAAAGACGAUGUCAUCAACAAUUUAGACGAAUUAAUUGAGGCUUAUACUAGUGAAUACAUAUAA